AUGACCCAAGACUCGAGUGUUGAAACACGAGAAGAAAAGGAGCUACCCAAACUCACGGUAGCCAACUUGGCUGGUGAUAUAUAUAAUGGUGCCAAAGCACUUGUUUUCGACCCAGCAUGCAACCGUCUAGCCGUGCCAAUGGUUGUUUCUCUAACCUCCCUUGUGGGGAAGGUUGUGAUUCUGAAAGUCAGAUACACAGAGAUCGACUUUACCACAUACAUGCAACAGAUUGACCUUGUCAAUGCCGGCGAAUUGGAUUACUCAAGAAUCGUGGGCGACACGGGUCCCAUUGUGUACCCUGCUGGUUUCGUUCAAGUGUACCAGUUCUUGCUAUGGCUUGCAGAUGGUGGAAUCAAUAUAAGGCGAGUCCAAUUCUUCUUCAGCUACUUACUUACGUUUACAGUGGCCUUGUCAUGCGUUGCUUACACGAUGGCGGAGGGCAUUCCACCUUGGCCCUUGUACCUCUUGUUUUUGAGCAAAAGACUCAUAUCCAUCUACGUCUUGAGGUUGUUCAAUGAUUGUUUCACUACCUGUGCCAUGAUCGGCGUAGUAGUGAUUUUGCAGCAAGUUUCUUACUGGCACAAGUCGCUUACUGGCACAUUGGUAUUUUUGGCGAAUGCUGUCGCAGCUGACUUGUACUCGAUGGCUAUCUCAGUGAAGAUGAAUGCCAUCUUGUACCUCCCUGCAUUUGCAAUUGUAUCAUAUUUUCUUUUAGGAGAGAUUUUGAUCCAAUUCUUGGCUGUUCUUUCUGUUAUUCCUUUGGUGCAAGUGCUUAUUGGAUGGCGCUUCUUGUUACCGUUGUUCUGGGACGACGAGGCUUCCUACAUCAGAUGGACCUACAUGUCUCAAGCGUUCAACUUUUCGAGAAAAUUCUUAUACAAGUGGACAGUGAACUGGAAGUUUUUGUCAGAGGAGUUCUUCCUCUCCGAUGGCUUCUCCACGGGGCUACUUCUUGGCCAUAUCGCCGUUUUAGCCCUCUUCGUCUUUACGAGAUACCUUGCUCCCCAGGUUACCGGAAAAUCUAUCAAACUCCUUUUCGUCGACGCUUUCAAACCCUUCACAUCCACUGUUUCUUCCCGCAACCUUCUUCUAUCGCAGCAAGAUGGACCUCGGUUGAUUCUCUUGAUCUUUGCAACGACAAAUGUGAUUGGUGUGGCAUUUGCAAGAUCAUUGCAUUACCAGUUCCUUUCUUGGUAUUGUUGGCAAAUGCCCUUCUUGUUGUACGCAACAGGCUUGAAUCCAUUUCUCGCGGGCGGGAUUUAUUUAGCCCACGAGUGGUGCUGGAAUGUUUUCCCUGCAACAACACAGAGUUCUGCGUUGCUUGUGAGCAUUUUAGCUCUUACUUUAGCUGGUGUCUGGAAGAACAACGAAAUCUGGUUCACGACAAGAGCUGCGACAAAGGAGAAGAAGGAUAUUUAA